AGCUGCCUUUCAGUGUCACCCAUCAGUGCCAGUCAGUGCUAUCAAUGCCUAUCAGUGUGCCAAUCGCCCUAUCAGUGCAAGUCAGUGCCGCCAUCAGUGCCGCCUAACAGUGCUGCCUAUCAGUGCCCAUCAGUGAUGCCUGUCAAUGCCCAUCAGUGCCACCUACCAGUGCCUCCUCAUCAGUGCCACCUGUCAGUGUCCAUCAGUGCCUCAUUAGCGCACAUCAGUGAAGGAGAAAAAUCACUUCUUUACAAAAUUUUAUAACAAACUAAGAAAAUUUUUU